AUGGAAGGACAUAAGACUCCCGCGAGGAAGAAGCAACCCUCGAAGAUGCCCAAAAGGGAGAAGAAGUUGAGAAGAUGCUCCAAGGAGAUGCCCAAGAGGGAGACUUUGCGUAAAGGCAAAGGCAAGGCGCCCUCCGAGCCGGGCCCACCACCCGUGCCAUCCUCGGGCAUCUCGGCGGGGCUGAGGCUCUUCCCUGAAAUGGACCAGGCUUGCGAGGUUGGCCCUGGAGCCAUCCGACAGAUCAGCUGCAAACACGGGUAUCUGGCCGUCGUGGGGACGCAGAAGCGAGACGUGUUGGUGUUUGAGCGAGCGGGGAAGCCAGGCUGCCCAGAUGCGGCCAGGAGGAGGAAACCCAAACACAUCAAGUUGAAAAAGAAUAGCAAAGUGGAUUUGCUGGACUCUGAAGCAUCUCAUCUGCUCAUCCUUUCAUCAGAAGGAAACCUUUCUGAACACAGUCUUGCAUCCGGAAGUGUUCAUUCAGAACCAAGACUACUGAAAGAAUUAGGAAACAAACGGAUUGUUCAAAUUGCGUGUGGUGACCAUCAUUCCAUGGCACUUUCAGAAGGAGGAGAACUCUUUGCCUGGGGUCAGAAUGAAUAUGGCCAACUUGGAGUGGGAAUGAAAAGCAACACCAUUGGACAACCACAGCCGGUGUGGCCUCUUGAAAGUGUUCCUCUGGCCCAAAUCGCAGCUGGUUCAUUUCACAGCAUGGCUCUAUCUUUGUCCGGCACUGUCUUUUCUUGGGGAAAGAAUGCUUUUGGUCAACUGGGACUUGGAGACACAGCAGACAGAUGCUUCCCUAUGCAUGUGAAGGCCUUGGAAGAUAAGAAAAUAGCAUUCAUUUCAUGUGGUGGAGAACACACUGCAGUUCUAUCAAAGGAUGGGAUGGUCUGCACCUUCGGAGCUGGUAGCCAUGGACAACUUGGUCACAACUCCAGGCGCAAUGAGCGGUUUCCACGUCUGGUGGCAGAGCUGUUUGGAGCUCAAGUAUCUCAGAUAGCUUGUGGAAGAUGGCACACUCUUGUCUACGUCCCAAACCUGGGAGAAGUCUAUUCUUUUGGAUUUGGAGCAGAAGGACAGCUUGGAAAGGGGGAGAAAUGUGACCGACUAAUACCACUUCCUCUGGAUUUGACUGUGAAUGGCCAAACGAUGAUCCGAGGAAAGAAUAUCCCAGAGGAAAUGGUUAAAGUCAUUGCUGGAGAGGAUCAAAGCAUUGUGCUUCUAUUAAAAGAAAAGCAAAAAUAUGCAUAUUUAAGCCGAACACUUGCCAGAGUAGAGGAGGAAAAGACUGAAAAGUGGAUUUCUAAUUCGGAUCCUAAAUGCUGGCAGAACAUAGAACAGGAAAUUAAGUUGAUCUUCUCCUCUGCCGCUUGCAUCAACGGAAGCUUUCAAGAGAAGAGAGAGAAAACAUGCAGAGCAUCAUCGAAGGCUGCCAAUGUGGAUAUGCCAGCAGUAUUCCUUUUCCGUGAAAAGAUUGCUGCUAAGCCUAAAAUCAUCACACAGAUGUUGAAGGCCCUUCGGAAGCUUCUCAGCUCUCUCUCACCUGUUCCUGCCUCUCCUGAAGCACUCAGACUCUUCCUCAUUGUGCCAGUCCUCUUACGGAAGGAGGAUGUUACGUCAGAUUGUCUCCUUGGUCAACUGGCACAAGCAAUCUGCAAUCUUCCAGAGAAGGACAAGCAAAUCCUUGAAUCCUGGUGGUCUAAUCUAGACGUCAUGUUCUUCAAGGAUCUAGUGGGCAUGUAUCAAAGACUUAUCAGUGCCAAUCUCUCUUCUGUCAUUAAACACCUGAGAUGUUUAGAGAGUGUAAACGUAUCAGUGGACUUCAUUUCGUCUCUUCAAGUUCUACAGAUGCUUCAUGAGGUAAAUUGCAAGACCAACUUCAGAAUCCAAGAAAGCAACUUUUACAUUCCUGAAUUGAAAAGAAUGCUGACUCCUCCAAGUAUGAAUAAUAUAUGGAAUGAGGAACAACUGAUCCAAAGACUUACUUCAAAGGGAGAUGAACUCAAGUUUGCUUGUGAUGUACUCAUCUGCUUCCCUUGCAUCUUUGAGUUGGAAGAUAAGAUUCUUCUGCAUAAACUAUGCUGUUUGAGCUUGAAUUUGGACUGCAGCUUGAACAACCCUGGCAUUGUCAGCAAGCUGCAUGUUAGAAGACAACAUUUGAUGCAGGAUACAUGGCAGUGUAUAAGAAGUGCCCCAUCAAACUGGUUUCAGCGGUUUCUUAAAGUGCAAUUUGAAGGAGAACCUGGGAUUGAUGAUGGAGGCUUGUCUCAGGAAUUCUUUACCAUCCUCAUAAGGGAACUGUGUGCUCCCAAAUGUCAGAUAUUCACACAUUUUGAAGAGUCGCGUCUGAUUUGGUUUUCAUGCCAGAUACCAGCACAAGAAGACAUAUAUUUUCUAAUUGGGAACCUGUUUGGGAUGGCACUCUAUAACCAGAAGAUUGUUGCCUUUCCUUUCCCUCUUGCUCUGUUCAAGAAGAUGAGAAAUGUUCAGCCAACUCUGGAAGAUCUGAAGGAGCUGUCUCCUAGACUAGGAAGAAGUCUUCAGACUAUCCUGGAUACACAGAGUGAAGAUUUCAUUGAAAACCUGGAGUUGGAUUUCACGACAGUGGAGGAACAUAAAGGAUCCAGAACUGAGAUUGAGCUGAAAGAAAAUGGUGCCAACCUUUCUGUCACUAAGUUCAACAGAAAACAAUAUGUGGAUGCUUAUGUGCAUUACAUAUUCACCGCAUCAGUUGAGAAGCAGUUUGCAGAUUUUAUGCGUGGAUUUGAAAGAGGCUGCCCAACUGGGAAGUGGAAAAUCUUCCAUCCUAUUGAACUCCAAGUUGUUCUGCUUGGACAUAAAAAAUAUGAUUGGGAACAAUUGGAAAAGAAUGCAAAGUAUACCGGGUAUGAAAAGACAGAACAAACAAUCAAGGAUUUUUGGGCUGAGUUUCAUGAUCUUCCUGAAGAGAAGAAGGAGGAUUUUCUCGCUUUCCUCACAGGAACCAACCGCAUUCCAGCUCAAGGGAUGGGAAAAUUCAUAUUCACAAUUGCAGAUGCAAGGAAAGCAGACCCAGACUUGUGGUAUCCGGAAGCUUCCACUUGCUUUCAUGUCUUGUUCCUGCCAAGAUACAGCAACAGAGACGUUCUCAAGAAAAUGUUCCUUUUUGCUCUAGAGUUUUCUGAAAAAUUUGGCCUCUCCUGAAAUCUGGAUGUUCCUUUGAAUAUGCCUUUUGUCAGUAUACUGUUAUGAAUUGUGGGAGUUGAAGUCCAAAACAUUUGGAAGGCUGAAGUUCCCCAUGUAACAGCAGAACCCAUAUCCAUGCUUUCACCUCAUCACAUCUAGGAAUUUGCUAAGUUCUCCAGGCAAUAGUAUGAAAGUUACAAAUGAACUGCCUUUGCUAACCUAACACAUUCCUAGUUAGAAUACCUCUCUGAGAAUCUCAGGGUUUUCCAAUGCAAUUCUGUGGCAUACUGGGGCCAGAAGUGAAGUGAUUCAGUUGUGUUGGGUUGUAUUAGUGGUUUCAUAUAACUGAUUAGAGAGGAACAUUUCCUUUUAAUGAUAGCCACCUAUAAUCAUCCACCCAUUUUGCAGUUUCAGACUUAGCUAUACUUUUAUUUUUAUUUACUUUACUGGGGAAAAGUGAGAAGUGGGAGGAAAGAAAGGGAAACGUAUAAUUCUGAGUUUGCAAGUUUGUUAAAACUCAUUCAUUGGGUUUCUGUAAGUCAAAGCUUGUUUUUUUGUGUCAGAAGCAACUUCAGAAACUGCAAGUUGCUUCUGGUGAGGGAGAAUUGGCUGUCUGCAAGUACGUUGCCCAGGGGACAGCGGGAUGUUUUACCAUCCUGUGGGAGGCUUUUCUCGUAUCCCUGCAUGAGAAGCUGGAGCUGACAGAUGGAGCUCACCACACUCUCCAGAUUCAAACAGCUGACCGUUCAGUCAAAAGCCUGCCAGCAGAAGGGUUUCACCUCAUUGUGCCACCAGGGCUCCAAGCCGACUUGAUGGAAAAUAACAACUAUAUGAUUGUGUGGGCACUUCCAGUUUCAAUCCUGUUUAUUUAUUUAUUUUUCUAAUUUUGUGCCACUUUCAGUUUUGGUGUUUGGGUGUGAAGUGUGCUUUCGCUUCUUUCAAAGUUGUCCAUCCAUUUAUUUAUUUUUUCAACACAUGUUACCAUAAGAGAGACUGCAAUUCUACUUUUUUUACGAUCAGUAUGGCGUUGCAGCUACAGAAGGUAUUUCCCAAUAUCAGAAGGCAGCUGGGUUGAAAUCCUCAAAUAACCAUGCUGUUCACUUGGUUUGUGUGUGUGUGUGUGUGUGUGUGUGUGUCAGGAGAGACUUGGGAAUCUGCAAGUCACUUCUGGUGUGAGAGAAUUGGCCGUCUGCAAGGACGUUGCCCAAGGGACGCCCGGAUGAUUUGAUGUUUUAUCAUCCUUGUGGAAGGCUUCUCUCAU